CCGCCGGGCAGCCCCGCCGCCGGGGGGUGGGGGCGAGGGAGGGUCCUCGCGUCGCCAUGGAGACGGAGGACGCGCCCGCAGUCCUUCAGCCGCGGCGGGUCCAAUCGUGUGCCGCGCACGGGGGCCGAGGCCACGGCUCCCAGCACCCCGCAACACUGCCGGAGAAGGCGUCACGUGCACGGAAUGUCUCCUUUUGGGUGACACCGGUGUCCCCGCCCCCGUCGCGGGCGAAGCGUCGCUGUCUCGUCUGCAAGAAAAGCACGGACGCCCUCUCCAUGGCGCGGGGCGGGACCUGGGGCGGCCCGGAGCUGCCCUCGACUUCCGCUUCCGGGGCCACGACCGUCGCGCUUCCUGCCUCGUCCGACCCGCCGGGCGAUCCGCGGCGCAAGCCCCAAGCCCCGAGGCUCCCUGAGAAGCGGCCGCCUUCGCCCUGCAGCCCGUUUCCCGGCCGCUGCCGCUCCCCUGCGCAACCAGACAUGCUGGAGCACCUGAGCUCGCUGCCCACGCAGAUGGAUUACAAGGGCCAGAAGCUGGCCGAACAGAUGUUCCAGGGCAUCAUCCUUUUCUCGGCAAUAGUUGGAUUUAUCUACGGGUACGUGGCGGAGCAGUUCGGGUGGACAGUCUACAUAGUUAUGGCCGGAUUUGCCUUUUCGUGUUUGCUGACGCUUCCUCCAUGGCCCAUUUACCGCCGGCACCCCCUAAAGUGGUUACCAGUUCAAGACUCUUGCACAGAGGACAAGAAGCCAGGGGAAAGGAAAGUUAAGAGGCAUGCUAAAAAUAAUUGAUUCAGCUUUACUGUCACACCUGCUUUUGUUGCCUGAAGUGAAAUAAAUUGCUUUCGUAUCCAAAGCAUGAGUUAAAAACCACCUCUUGAUGUUUUUGUGGCACAACUAUAUAUGGAUUUGUACUCAAUGAUAUUUCACUUCUAACUCCGUUGUUUAGC